UUGGUCUGGUGAGGCGCCUAGAGAAGGAUUGUAUUAGUGGGGUGGGGUUUGAGUUUUCCAUGUGAAGUGACCUAAAAGAUAGCCAGAUUAAAAGGUUACAACUUACAAGCAUAUUUCUUGCUUCUUCCUUGAAUGAAUCUACUUUAUGUACACAAAAGUUGUUUAGCAAGUGAUGCUAUGCUGUGAGAUUCAACAUGGCUGUUGGAAAAAUAGUCAGAUGAUGGAGGUUUCAAAUUUUCUGCUAAUGUAGAAGCCAGAUCUCUCAAAGAACUUGGUCAUCACUGGCAAACAACCUUUGGAUCUUGAAUUGAGAGUUUAUGCUCCAAACAGUGCACGAAAAUGGGAACUUUGGUUAUUGAAACUGAUUGUUCAUGCUCAAAUGACUAUGCAGCAUUAGGAUUGAAGGACUUGAGAAACGAGAAUCCAAGAAAUCCCCCAAUUUUGUCACUUCUUGCAGCAGUGCUGGAGAGGUCUGUUCAGAAAAAUGAAUGGAUACUAGAAACCUCGCAAACCAAAGAUGUUAUCACCAUAUUUCAUGGUUUAAGAGCACCUUCUCUGAGCAUCCAACAAUACAUUGAUCGGAUUUUCAAGUAUGCAUGCUGCAGCCCUUCCUGCUUUGUUAUUGCAAAUAUAUAUUUGGACAGAUUCAUUCAGCGGACAAAUUUGUUCUUGACUUCCCUCAAUAUUCACCGACUUCUUAUCACCAGUGUGAUGGUGGCUGCAAAGUUCAUGGAUGAUGCAUUCUUCAACAAUGCAUAUUAUGCCAGAGUGGGAGGUGUAAGCACAGCAGAAUUGAACAAGUUAGAGAUUAAGUUUUUAUUUGGUCUAGAUUUCCGAAUUCAUGUUACAGUGAAGACCUUCGGCGAAUAUUGUUCUGUGUUUAAGAAAGAGGCUACAGGGGGGCUCAUUGAGCGUUCAAUUCUGGCAUGUGGAGUGGAAGAAAGCUGGGCAAACAAAGAUGAUUCCACCUGUGCCCACUCAAUUGCAAGAUGAAAAUUUUGGGGCACUAAAAUUUUUGAGUGACAUCGAGAAGGAAACAUGAGAGCUUUUACUCGUCUUAUCGUUGGUCAAAUGCAAUGGCUAAAUCAUAGGUGUGGAAGUUUUUUGAGGACUCCCGUCUCUGUUGUAAGAAUAGAGGUUGUGUUAUAGUUUCUUCUUUUAUGUUUCCAGACUUGCAUUCUCUGUCUAUUCUCUGUCUAUGCUAUGGUGUUUGCUCGA